AUGGAUUGGACCACUACUCGUCAAGCCGCCAUCAUCAGUACCACCAGCAGGAAGCCAACAACAAUUACGACGCCACCUGCCACAAUACGACCCACUACUCCCACCUCUUCGACCGCCAACGCCUACGUGCCUCCAGCCACCUCAUUGCCGAAGUUUCAACAGCCUCUUGCUGUAGAACGCAGAUCCGUUAACG